UUAUGAUUUAGUGUCUAAAGUUUUGAACUUCAGUUCUGAUGUCUUUUGUUGAAGUUUUGUAAGAAUUUAUCAAGAGAAGCAUGAAGUUUACAGAAGUUGCUAGGAUUACUUACAUUUUUGCGCAGUUAGUUAAUUACUUAUCAGUCUCUUUGAUUUAUUCUAGUAAUGUUGGUUGCGGACCAUAUCCUUUUACUGUUAUUACACACAAAGAUUAUAAAUUUUUUCCGUUUGCAGUUAUGUUAACACGUUGCUAUGGAAAAGAUACCCAUCAUUCACUAAUGAGAUGUGCACCAACUCUAAGUAAACAGAUAAAUAUUUCAACAGUUUCAUUUGACAAAAUACCUUACACUACAACAGUUUUAAAUCAUAUUAGCUGUGAAGAGAAAUGUACUAUUAACGCGUUAGCAUGUAACCAAUAUCAAUUUUUUAGCAAAAGUGACUGUCAAUGUUUGUGCAAACAUGACACACACCCAAUUUCUUGUAAACACCCGUUUGUAUGGGAUAAGACCUUAUGCAAUUGUGCAUGCCAAUAUAAUAAAAACAACUACAAAUGUGAAAUAAAGAAAAGGUUUAGUGUUGCUGACUGUGGUUGUGUUUGUAAGCCUAUUUACUACAAGAGAUGCAUGGAACAACCUGGAAAACUAUUUAAUCCGCUGACUUGUGAAUGUGAAGACCUGACAUUAAUAACAAAUAAAUUAGAAAAAUCAAUUUGUAAAAAUGAUUUCAGAAAAUUUAUUGUAGUUGUAUUUUUUGUUGAAGCAGUAGGUCUUUUUUUGAUAUUAUUCUUUUUUACAAGAUAUUGUAAUUCUAGAAAACUUACGAAAAAAUGAAAUAUUAAGUUUGUAGAUGAAAAAUUAUAGUUGUAAGAUAUUAGUUAGAAAUAUCAAUUGUAGAUUUUAA